AUGGGCAACAAGACUGUUACUCCGGCUGCUCCUGAAACUUCUGUUACUGUUGCUCCUCACGAAUCUGCCUCUGUAAAAACUCCUGUUAAUGCUGCUAUUCAAAUUAAAUCACCAAACCAUCCUAUUCCUUCUGAGUCUUCAACUGCUGUCGUUCCUAUACCGUCGAAGACUUUUAAUAUUACUACCACCAAUACGUUUGCUGUAGCUAAUCCAAAUUCUGGAAUUCCAUUUAUUUCUCAAAAACCAACAGUUUCAGUGGUGCCUCCAAAACCAACAGUUUCAGUUGUGUCUCCAAAGCCAACAGUUUCAGUUGUGCCUCCAAAACCAACCGUUUCAGUGGUGUCUCCAAAACCGACGAUUCCAACUAUUUCUCCUACUUCCUCUACCAAUGAUACUUUCGAUAAAUCUUCGAAUCUUAACUUAACAGUUAGUCCUGAUGUGUCUACCGUUUUCCCUACAAUUAAUAGUCCGACGACUCCUCCAGUCGAUUCUAUUUUUAUUAAUCUUGUUAAGUCUACCACUCCUCCUGCUAGUAUUCAUUCUGGUGCUCGUAUUGCCAAUAAUGCUUCCAUCAUCCGUAAAAGCCCUGUUGUAUCCCAAGCUCCUCUUCCUACUGAAGUUAUUCCCAAGCGAACCGUAUCUUUAUCUAGAGCGCCAAGAAAUCCUUCUGCAUUGGCGCUUGAAAAUUCAAAACCGAUAAAUUUAUCAUCUGCUAACCGAGGAAAUAAGUUUGAACCAGAGAGGCAAAGAAAAGAGAAAAGUUUCUCUAAUGGAACUCAACAAGUUCCAAAACCAAACAGAUUUGUAUCAAAAUGGACCGAAUCCAAUAUUAAUGAAAGACAAAAGUCAGCUCUUAAACAUAUUAUACCAGUACCAAGCUACACAUUGCGUGCAACAGCUGUAUGUCAGCCUGUGGAAGACAAUCUUAUUUUAGAACGAUCUCAAUCAAUUCAUUCGGACAUAUCUCUGUUUAAAUUCUAUUUAGAUCAAAAAGAAACACAGCCUUUAGUCGGCAAUCAUACAAAAGCGACUAUGUUUCAAAUGGACACUCUUCUUAAACGAACUCCUUUUCCGAAACCAUCUAUAUCAUUUUAUAUUAAAAAUUUCAAUGAUGGUACUGAAGAAACCGAUGUAAAUUCAGCAGCUCCACCUACUUUUCAAUCUCUUGGUUUAGAAAAUGAUCUUGACCUAGAUCAAACCAAUGAAUUAUCAGCUAGAACUCAUUCCAAUGAAAAACGAGAACAAAAAGCUCUUCGCACUCCAUUAUUCUCAGAUGUUAACUCAAAUAACACUAAAGCAUUUCGUUUGCCUCCAUCAAGUAUCAGCAAUCAACCAAAUUUACUAUCAUUAGACAGUACAAAGAUGCAAAAUAAUCAUCAACAAACAACAUCCAUACUUAAAAAGCCAUCAAAUCAAACAUAUCAAGAGUCUGUUUCUGCACAAAAUUAUAUUAAUGUGCCUCAGAAUCUCUCCAAAGCUGACUUUGAAAAAUAUCGAGCAGCCGUAUCAUUUAAUCUGUCGCCAUUAUCAGGAAGUGAACAUUUACAAUCUAAAGAAUCGUUUUACCGAAAGAAAUAA